AUGUCCCAUAGACCCUUUACAUCAGCCUUAGCGAGGGUUCACACCAGUGCAAAGAGUUCUUCAGAUCAACAAGCUGUACCACCCGUGGGUAUGUUAAUAAACAUAGAUUCAGAUGAUUUGAAAUUGGCUGAAAGUAAAUCACCACCACCGAUAGACGAAAUCAACGAAAUAAUUUUUAAUAGCCAAGUUACCAACAGAUACAAUUACAAGUUAAGUGGGGAUAUAGAGAAGGAUUUUAAGGAGGCAGUUAGUUUGUUACCACAAUAUACUGCGGGAAAAAGAGAUUCGAUUGGGUCUGAGCUAAGCUGUAGUGGAGCGGACGCUGAUAUUUCUUGGAAAGUUUUAAUCGGUUGCAUCGUUGUUGUAAUUGUAGUUUUACCUUUAAUUUAUACGUUAUCGUUAAUGUUCGGUAUCAUAAAACCUGUAACUUACCAACAUUAA